AUGGACAACUUCACUUCCUCGUGUUUUACCAACGCCAUAGACGGCUACCCAGGCUCCUUGCGAAGGUACUGGAUGAUGGAGGAGGAAGAUGAUGAUACUCAUUUCUUGGUUGAUGAUGAUGAAGCGGAGGCCGCAACAUACAACCACCUAGUGUUUCGGAUGCAUUGGCAUUUAUUCAAGCAUAUUAAAGAGGCUGUUAAAAAUCAAGAUAACUACUUCAAAAAGAAGUAUGAUGCCACUGGCAAGGAAGGACUAUCGGCUCUUCAAAAAUGCGUCGCCGCUAUACGCAUUCUCGCUUAUGGUGUCCCAGCAGAUGUUGUUGACGAGUACGUGCGUAUUGGUGAGUCAACUGCUCAAAAAGCUUUGCAUCAUUUCUGUCGGGCUGUCAUUGAUGUUUUUGGCGAGUAUUACCUACGGGCACCCAAUGCUGCCGAUGUAGCUAGGCUUCUUCAAGAGGGUGAGGAUCGUGGGUUCCUGGGGAUGCUAGGCAACAUUGACUGCAUGCACUGGGAGUGGAGGAACUGCCCCACAUCAUGGAAGGGUCAGUUCACGAGCAGAGGGAAGCAUCCCUCUAUGAUCUUAGAGGCGGUUGCAUUGCAUGAUCUAUGGAUAUGGCAUGCUUACUUCGGCAUGCUUGGAAGUAACAAUGACAUUAACGUGCUUCAUAGAUCCCCAGUAUUCUCUGCUUACCUCAGGGUUCAUUCAACCCCCGUGUCAUUUGCGGUCAAUGGAAGGACCUAUAACAUGGGCUACUACCUUGCCGAUGGGAUUUACCCCGAGUGGGCAGCCUUUGUUAAGACUAUUCGUUACCCCAUGAAGCAAAAGACCCAGCACUUUGCCACUGCACAGGAAAGUGCACGCAAGGAUAUAGAGCGUGCAUUUGGUGUCCUGCAAACUCGGUUUGCAGUGAUCCAAGGACCCGCGUAUGGUUGGGACCGUAACCAUAUUAAUGAUAUAAUGGUGACUUACAUUAUUUUGCAUAACAUGAUAGUGGAGGAUGAACAAGACAAUGCUCGUGAUACUGAUUUCUUGAACAUUGGAGAACUAGCAGUUCAGUACCGCAACAAUCCGGACAGGGAGGCAUUUGUUGCCACACACCAUAGGCUUCAUGAUCAAAACACGCACUUUCAGCUACAAUAUGAUCUCAUCGAGCACUAG